GCCUCGACGCCGCGAGCACAGCUCCGCCGCCACCGCCCCCUUCUCAUCCGCGGUCUCCUCCGCCUGCUGCAUCUCUAUCGAUCUAGCGGGACUGGCUCCUUCCCGUGCUGGGUCCUUCGUCAAUCGUCAGCGCGCAAGAUCGGCACUUGUGUACAUCUGAGCAGUUUCCGGUGCCCUAAUUCAGGCGCGGGCGUUGUUGGGUUUUCGAUAAUUUUGGGGGUUCACCUGAACCCUCAUGACCCAGGUGAAGCCCGCCCCUGGGGGAAGGAUGCUGACCGUGCUGCGGGUGCACCUCCCGUCGGAGAUCCCGAUCGUCGGCUGUGAGAUCACGCCGUAUGUGCUCCUGCGGCGCCCCGACGGAGGCGUCUUCACCGACGACGUGUCUGAGACCGCGCCCGUGGAUGGGUACUUCAUGCGCUACAAGUGGUACCGCAUACAAAGUGAUCGUAGAGCUGCUAUCUGCAGUGUACACCCAACAGAACAAGCAACACUUCAGUGCAUAGGGUGUCUGAAGUCAAAAAUACCUGUUGCUAAGAGCUACCAUUGUUCUUCUAAGUGCUUCUCCGAUGCUUGGCAACACCACAAGGUUUUGCAUGACCGUGCUAUAAGUGCUUUAAAUGAAAACGGAACCGAAGAUGAUGAGUUGUUUGGCAGAUUUGGUAGCGGCAGUUCGAGCUCAGGGGUUAUUAGUGCUGCGUUGUCUGGUUCAACAUCAAACCUUUCACUGAGCUCAGGUGUUAAUAAUGGACCUACACCUGUGUAUCCAACAGGCACUGAGAAGAGUUCUGGUGAAACUUGGUUUGAAGUGGGAUGGUCACGAACAUAUACGGCAACUACUGAUGAUAUUGGACAUGUGCUAAGAUUUGAAUGUAUAGUUGUGGAUGUGGAAACACGGGGGACUGUGAGAGCUCCUACUUCAGUCAUGACAUCCCGUGUAAUCCCAGCACCGACCCCGACACCACGCCGCUUGAUCCCUGUUAAUGCAGCUGAUGCAAUGGUCCACUUCGAUUUAGAUAGCCGGACUUCUUCUUUUGGGACAUUUACUGUGCUGUCCUACAAUAUUCUUGCUGAUACAUAUGCAACAAGUGAUACAUACAGCUAUUGUCCAACUUGGGCACUUACAUGGGCUUAUAGAAGGCAAAAUUUGUUGCGUGAAAUUAUUGGUUACCAUGCUGAUAUUAUCUGCCUUCAGGAGGUACAAAGUAAUCACUUUGAAGAUUUUUUUUCACCGGAGCUUGAUAAACAUGGGUACCAACCUCUAUAUAAGAAAAGGACGACAGAGGUGUACAGCGGAAGUCCUCAAGCAAUUGAUGGUUGCGCUACUUUCUUUCGUCGGGACAGAUUUUCGCAUGUCAAAAAAUAUGAGGUCGAGUUCAAUAAGGCUGCACAGUCUUUAACUGAUGCAAUUAUUCCUGCCGCUCAAAAAAAGUUAGCUCUAAAUCGUUUGGUUAAGGAUAAUAUUGCGCUAAUUGCAGUUUUAGAAGCUAAAUUUAGUAACCAUGGAACUGAAAACCCUAGUAAAAGGCAACUUCUCUGUGUGGCUAAUACACAUAUAAAUAUCCACCAUGACCUUAAAGAUGUGAAGCUAUGGCAGAUUCAUACCCUCCUAAAAGGGUUGGAAAAAAUAGCUGUUAGUGCAGACAUUCCAAUGUUGGUCUGUGGAGAUUUUAAUUCAACUCCUGGAAGUACGUCACAUGGGCUUCUUGCAAGGGGCAAAGUUGAUCAUUUGCAUCCAGAUCUAGCAAUAGAUCCUCUUGGAAUUUUGCGCCCACUAAGCAAGCUGACACACCAGCUUCCUCUGGUCAGUGCAUACUCAUCAUUCGUGAGUAUGGCUGGUGUUGGCUAUGAUUUGGAUCACCAGCGAAGGAGGAUGGACCCUGGGACAAAUGAGCCAUUGUUCACAAAUUGCACAAGGGAUUUUACCGGUACCCUAGAUUACAUAUUUUACACAGCGGAUUCAUUGACUGUAGAGUCAUUAUUGGAGCUGUUGGAUGAGGAUAGCUUGAGAAAAGACACGGCUCUUCCUUCUCCUGAAUGGUCAUCGGAUCAUAUAGCGCUCCUAGCAGAAUUCCGGUGCAAGCUUAGAGUUAGACGAUGAUACUUUAGGAGGAGCUGUAGGGGAGGGAUUCUUGACAAUCGCAUGAGAUGAUGAGAAUGUACCCUGGCGAAGGCAGGAACGAGAAGCCUAAGGGAAAGAGGCUUGUUAUGUUCCUCACCCUUUUACAUUUCCGCCUCGAUGUUCUCUAGUGGCACUAGUUGGAAUGCGACUUCCAAUAGAAGAUAUAUUAUCAAUGCAAAGAGAAAUGAUUUAAUAGAUUCGUGUGCCGUUUUAGUUUUCCAUCCUCACAUUCUCGCCCCCCUCCCCCCCCCCCCCCCCCCCCCCCCCUCUUCAAUGUGAGUUCAUUGUCCACAUUUUUGUUUCCUACCAUGAAUGUGCUCUAGUUCUUACAAACUAAAAAUGGCCCCUUCCAUAGUGUAUGUAUGUCUCUUGAGCAGGGAUCAGCUUUGGCGUAGUUUACUGUGUUGAAGAUGCUUAGUUGAAAAGUGAUGUCGGGUUAUCUAUGAUGGAUAUUGAACGAAUACCUGGUGACUAGAGAGAGCUUCACAUUGGGGAAGCUAUACUGAAUGAAAACUGUGAAUUUUGA